CCGGAAGUGAUUCGUGUUACAUCCUGCUUUGUAAGAUGAACGUCAAAGUUGAACUUUAUUCACGUUAGUAAACCAAGAGCAUGUCGCGGAAAAGCAAAGGCUCCUCUCUCCCCCCGGCCUCCCUCCACCUCCUGGUCCCUCCUGUCAGGCUGAUGUCUGCCUUCGUGCUUCAGACGCUGCAGCAGCACAGAGUCGAGCACUACGACAAACUGCUGGACUUCAUCAGCCUGGUCACACAGAUCGUCCCUGAGCUGCUGAGUCUCAGUCAGAGAGCUCAGCUGGUCCAGGGUCUGAGAGCCAGGCUGGUUCUCGAGCUGUGUCGUGGUGAUGGCGUCGCCAACUUGCAGAACAUCCAGAGUCACCUGGAUAAAAUCCACGCCUGCAGUGCUGAACUGAGCUCCAGUGGCCAGGCCAGUGGAGAUAUUCUGAAGACCUCAUACACCAACUUUGCCAGCCUGGUUCAGAACCUGCUGAAUGUUCCUUUUGAAAAAGAGCUCUUCUUCCAGGAGGUUUUUCCUGCAAACUACGGCUCUGCUUACGACGAGAGACUCCAGCAGCUGGUGUCAGACUUCCUGUCCAGGCUGGAGCAGCUGCUGCCGAUACCAGACCUGCAACAGACAGCAGCAUGGCUCACUGAAACAGCAUCGGUGUCAGGAGACUUUGAGCAACAUCUGUCUGACCCUUUUGCCCUGAAGUCUCUUCUGCUUCAUCACAGACAACUGGGCACAGUCAGUUCAGCUCCAACAAGCACUGAGGAAGACAUCCUCACAUUGGCCCUUCCUUCUCAAUCUGAAGUGGCGAGGUACACUGAAGUGUACAACGAGGAGGGCGACGAUGACUAUGACAGUGAGGAAGAGGCCCUUGCAUUGGAGGAUUUAGAAGCUGAAGACUCGAGUCAAAGCUCAGAUGUCACUGCGGAUGAUUGGUUACCAAAAAAGGAAUCAGGUCCUCUGUCUCGUUUAUUCAUCUGCCCCGAGUGUUCAUUUGUUCACCGUGUUAAGAGGAAGGUGCAAGAGCACAUCCAGAGCGAGCACCAGAUAACAGCUCCCAAUAUUAAAAAACAACCUGUGAAAAAAGCCGCCGCAAAGUCUCAGCAGAAAGAGAAAGACUUAAACAUUGAAAAGAGGAAAUUAGAAGUCAACACGAACAACAAGCGGAAACGCAAACAAAAAGUCGGUGCUGAACAAAAACGGGAACGCAAGCAAAAGAGAGACAACUUGGAAAACAAAGAAAGAAGGCGACAGAAAGAGCCCAUAGGGGAAGACAAAAGGUUUCUGAGCACGCGACCGGUGGACAAAAACUUCACAGAGGAAAAGACCAAAUGUCUGUCGUGUGAAAAGGUUUUCGAACAUCCAAAUCAGCUUAAGACCCACAUGAAGCUCCACAGCUUCCGCUACCACUGCAGCCAGUGUGAGAAAGGAUUCACCAGCCCGUCGGGGUAUUAUCAGCACCAGAGGCUCCACAAGAGAGGCCGAAUAUUCUCCUGCAGCCAGUGCAACAAGGGAUUCCUGUGCAAUAAUUCACUCAAGCAACAUGAGCGGCUGCAUGAAGGCCCCUCCAACCUGUGCACCAUCUGUGGGAAAAGCUUCAGCAAGGCGGGCAUCGUAAGACACAUGCAGAUGCACAGAGGGGAGAAGAAUUACCUUUGCACCACAUGCGGGAAGUCGUUUUUGUCUUCGGGGGAGCUGUUGCUACACACGCGCUCUCACACAGGUGAGCUCCCGUACACCUGCACCCGCUGCGGGAAGGGUUUCUCCAGCAAGAGUCACCUAAACGUCCACACGCGCUCUCAUACAGGGGAGCGUCCGUACCAGUGCUCCGAGUGCCAGAAGCGCUUUCUCACUCUGAACUGCCUGAAGAGACACACGCUCAGCCACAACGGCGUGAAACCGUUUAAGUGUCCGAACUGCGAGAAAGAAUUCUCUCAGCAGGGGAAUCUGAAAAGACAUUUGGCAACUCAUAAACCUGACACGUAAUUUCAUCGCUGUCAGAAAUCAGAAUGAAGUCCAUGGACAGUUUAAUAUCUUUUUUUUUUUUUAAACCUGUGAAAAUGAAAUGGUAAAGCCUUUAAAUAUUUAAUAUUGCAUUCAUCUUUGCUGAGAUGAGAUCUGAAUAAUAAGAGCGUACUGUUGGUAUGCAGAUGUUUACUACUUGAAAUUGUGCCAUGAAAUUUCUAAAAAGU